CCUUGAUUUUUUCAACUAAUAAUUUCCUAAAGUGAAAAAUCAUAUAAUAAAUGGUGCCUCGAAUUUUUUUUUUUCUGUAAGAUGUGGUUUUUAUACUAGGAAGAAAUUAUUGUUUUAUCAGGAUUUCCUUAUUUUAUAAGGAGAAUGAUGGAUAAAAAAUCUUGGGAAGACAAUACAACAGACGUUAAUGAAAGUUCCGAUUUUAUGAAUCUCAAGUUUAAACCUGAAGAAAAACAAAGGAAGUUCAACGAUUAUAAUGUUUGGAUGAGGUCCUGCUCGAAACUCUAUACGAAGAAAGGGGAUUGAACUUCAAAUAAUUAAAAUUAUCGACCUCUCCGAUGACGGUCUCCAAGGUACCGGACGGACAGCGGAACCAAAUCGAUAUGCCACAUUGGCGAACGCACGCAGGGAAAAUGGCCGAAGAAGACAAUCUGGAAUACUACAUCACCUUUCCAAACCCCAAUUUCGACUACAAAAACCAAAAUGGUGACGACUUCGUGUUCCUUAUCGACGAGGAAAAAGUACCGGUGGUCAUUCUGUUUGGUUGGGCCGGUGCUGAAGACAAAUACCUGAGCGUCUACUCCAAAAUAUAUGAGGAAAAGGGAUUGAUUACUCUCAGGUACAUCUCUCCAGUCAAAUAUCUAUUUUGGAAGCAAAACCGAAUGGCCAAAAUCGGAGAGAAACUAGUCAAACUCCUCAACGAUCUCAAUUUUGGAAACCAUCCUAUUAUCAUACAUUGUUUCUCCAAUGGAGGGGCCUUCCAAUAUCAAUUUUUCUCGCAAGCCCUUAAACUAAGUUCGAAACCAAUGCAGAUAAAAGGAGUUAUAUUUGAUUCUGCACCUGGUAAACGGAGGGUCCUGAGUCUCUUCAGAGCUAUCAGGGCUAUUAGAGGAGGGAAUAAGCUGUUGGAUAUUCCAUUAUGUUUUCUGAUGACCAUGUUUUUCACCACAAUGUGGUUACUAGAGAUCAUCCAAAAUUACUUUACCAAGAAGAGAAUAUUUCAAAUGAACCCUUUAGAAAAUUUGAAAAACGAAGAGAAUAAGUGGCCACAACAUUUUAUAUACUCAAAGGGUGACAUACUCAUUCCUUAUCAAGAUGUGGAAUACUUUGCAAGUUACAGAAAGUCUAUGGGAGUCGAUGUUACCCUGAAAUGUUACGAUGAUACUCCUCAUGUUAGACAUUAUCCCUACAAUAGAGCAAGUUACACUCACAGUGUUUGUAACUUUAUGAACAAGUGCUUAAAUAUGUAUUCUUAGGAUUGGAGAGAUCUUGAUAAAGAGGAAGGUUCAUGAUAUAACCUGUUCAUCUAGAAAAAUGUAUAUUAUGCCUUCUACUUAUGAAUUAAUAGAUAGGCGAACCAGAAAAUCUACAAUGCUGAUCUUGAAGAUCUGUUCUACUAUUUUUCGCUCUGAGAAUGACUGAAAAGAUAUUGUCAUAAAUUAGAAGUAGCUUUUGCAUCUAAUUUCUUCUUGCUUAUAUGGUCGGACUGAGGAAACAUUUUAGGGUUAAAAUUAUUAGGAAAGGUUUGGUCUAAGAAACCUUCAGUUUUUAAAACUGAAUUUAGUGUUGUCUAGCUGGUCUGGAUCUUGUAUUACACACAAAUAUGUGCAUUUCAACUUGUGAUAUUUUGUAUGUUAAUUUCUUUCUUUAAUAAAUUUUAUCACUGUUUA